AUGGCGCGGACGGCGGGCACCCGGGGCCGGGCGGCUCGCUGCGGGCGCUGGCGGCGGGGCGCGCUCCUCGCCUUCGCCGCGUGGACCGCGGGCUGGGUGCUGGCGGCCGCGCUGCUGCUCCGCGCACACUCGAGCGUCCUCUCUGAGCGCUGCACGGACGAGAAGAGCCGGCACAUCCUGGCUGCGCUGUGCCAGGACUACCGUGGCGGCUGGCUCACGGGCGCCCUGUGCGAGGACCUGUGCGUGGCUGGGGAGCUGCUGUACCAGCGCUGCCUGUAUUAUGAGCGUGGCAAGAAGGUGCUGCAGGCCCAGUGGCGCGGUCGGACCGUGGUCCUUAAAUCCAAGAAGGAGGCCUUUUCCAGCUUCCCACCCCUCAAUCUGCUGGAGGAGGAAGCAGGGCCAGGCGCCUCAGGCAUCCCUGAGGCCGAGCUGCUCCUGAUGGUGGCUGGGGAGGUCAAGAACACGCUAGGCUUGGAGCUGCCCAACAACAGCAUAGCCCCCCUGUGGCCGGCCAGGCAGGGCCCCAGCUGGCGGCAGCAGCUGGCCAGUGCGUGGUCACUACUCCAGCAGGAGGAAUACGUGUACUUCAGCCUGCUGCCGGACCUGAGCCGCCACAUCCUGCCUGUGCUGGGAUCCUGUGGCCACUUUUACGCAGUGGAGCACUUGGCUGCCGGUAGCCCGCACCACAGGGCUCUCUUCCCUCUGGGUGACGCUGGCCAGGCCCAGGCUAUUAGCCACAUAGCCCUCAGCUUUCUGGACAUGGUGAGCCAUUUCGACAGUGACUUCUCCCAUCGCCUCCACCUCUGUGAUGUCAAGCCUGAGAACUUUGCCAUCAAGAUGGACUUCACGGUGGUAGCUAUUGAUGUAGACAUGGCCUUCUUCGAGCCUAAAAUGAGGGAAAUCCUUGAGCAAAACUGCACAGGAGACGAAGAUUGCAACUUCUUUGACUGUUUCUCCAAGUGUGACUUGCGAGUGAACAAGUGUGGGGCCCAGCGUGUCAACAGCAACUUGCAGGUCAUCUGUGAUAAGAUAUUUCGACACUGGUUCUCCUCAACCCACAGGAGCCCAGCCAUAUCCCCUCAGCUUCGGCUGCAGCUACGGCAGACUGUUGAGGAGUGUGCUAACCAUGGGGGCCCCUCUGGGAAUUCCUGGACAGCCUCCUCCAGUGUGUUCUGGAAGCUUCGAUGGCUCCUGCAGACCACUCUGAGAGAACUGCAGGAAGUGGAGAAGUAGUCAUUUUCUUGCCUAAGUCAUCAGGAAUGGACAGACGUGACCUUCAGGUGAUUUCUUCUGUAGUUGCUAUGCAAAUGAGCUGUCUGCAACCUUGGCACGGUCUUCUGAAGUGUGCCACUGAACUCCUCUCCUGUGGCUGUGAUGUGCACCUCUGGUGCUCCUGUCCAGCUCGGUUCGAUCUUGUUUGAUGCUGACUUCUGUCCUGUCACUCUCGCAGAAGCGACCAAAGGGAGGAGAUCCAUUUAACUUGUGGAGGUGCCAGUGUGCAGUCCUCUGAGGAGUAUACACGG